UGGGGUGCGGUGGGGGUGUCCCCAUCCUUCCGUCCGCCCAUCCACCCGCCCGCAGGUCCAUCUUCGUGUAGUCCUUCAUAGCCUGGCGGAGUCUCUUCUCAGCAGUAGAAAAAUGAGCCGGGUUGCAGGGCAGUCAGAAAAGAAGCGGCGGAAAAGGACUGAGAUGGAGAAAUUGGGAAUCACAACGGAGUUGCAAGAUUUCCUUUGGGAUGGACCCCAAUACAUUUCGCCUUUCCCAAGUCCCAGUAGAGGAAGCAAUUUUUUGGGCUCCAGUGAAUCUACUGGGGGACUGGUAUAGAAGAAGAUCUGCUUGGUCAACAUCCAUGAAAGAUCCAGAAGCCCAUCGCUUUGGGAAAGAGAAACUGGUUGGCAUCCCUGGGGAGGUCAAGGUGGACGUGGAUGCCCUCCUCAAAGACAUUGAAGAGUACAACAGACAGAUGUUUCGUUCCGAUGCUCGCCCUUUGGGAGAACGUCCCUGGCAGACUCUGUUCCAGGUGGGAGAGGCUGCUCAGAGAUGGCUAAGACCACAGGAUCGCACCAAAGGACAGAUUGUGGACGUGGUCAUCUUGGAGCAGUUUCUGCAUGUGCUUCCUUUUGGAAUGCAGGCUUGGGUGAGAGCCAGGAAGCCAAGUACCAGCCAGGAGGCAGCUCAGCUGGCUGAAGUGUACCUGGAGCAACAGUGGCCUGUGGCAUUUGAGGAAGUGGCUGUACAUUUCACCCCAGAGGAGUGGGACCUUCUGGAUGAGGAAGAAAGAAUUUUGUAUUACACAGUCAUGCAAGAGAAUUCUGAGAACGUGACCUCCCUAGAGCUCUUGGUUUCCAAACCAGAUCCAAGUCUCCAGACUGUGUGGGAAGAAGGGUUACAAAUGGCUGAUCUCCAAACAUUCAAAGGAAAAGACUCUAUUGCUGAAGGAAUUGUGAAUUGGGAGGACAUAACGGUGGUUGAAUUGCCAACCCAAUAUCCAUAUGAGACUUUCCAUAAUGGUAAAUCUGACACGGCCUUCCACAUGAGAGGAGAUGGAACAAUUCAGAAGUCUGAGGAAAAGAAUAAUCUGAGGCAUUCUUUUCCAGAAGGCCUGACUACCAGAAAAAAAAAUCAUCAAGAAGAGUUUGGAGCAGAACAACUUCAGGAGCCAACGCAGUGGGAUGUGUUCUUUGAUCCCAAAAUUUCUGAACCAAUGGAGAUUAGAUCUAGAAGGCAGCAAGGGCUACUCCUGGAGCUCAUACAAGGUUCUAAGGCUGAUAAGAAAAUGCCCAGCAGUAACUCCCAAGUAGGUUCUACUGUAUCAAAAAGAAACUAUCCCUGUUCUGAAUGUGGGAGAAGUUUUGAUCGCCGUUCCAACUUAAUUAAACAUCAGCGAAUCCACACAGGAGAAAAGCCUUACCCUUGUACUGAAUGUGGGAAAUGCUUUGACCAGCAGUCCAAUCUAAACGUCCAUCUAAGAGUUCACACUGGAGAGAAACCAUACGGUUGCCCCGAUUGCGGCAAAAGAUUUAGUAUCAAAUCACAUUUACAUGGACACUAUAGGAUACACACAGGGGAGAAGCCUUAUGAAUGUGAAGACUGUGGGAAGAGCUUCCGUGUGAAGUCUUCCCUAAAUAAGCACCAGCGAACCCAUACAGGAGCUGCUAAACUCUCCAAACCAUCCGAGAUCAAAUCAGAGGGUCCCCGGGCAACAUUGCCAGAAGUGACACGUGUUUAUUCAGCUCCCAAAUCAGAAAAAAUAAUUAAAAUUAUGAGUAGGAAGCCCCCUAUAGAAAUCACGGUGUCCAACAAGAAUUUUUCCUGUUCCGAGUGUGGGAAAGGUUUCGAUCGGCCCUCACAUCUCAUCACGCACCAGAGGAUCCACACUGGGGAAAAGCCAUAUCCCUGUAUUCAGUGCGGGAAACGUUUUCAUCAGCAGUCUAACCUUAAUGUCCAUUUGCGUCUCCAUACUGGAGAGAAACCUUAUGGCUGUCCUGAAUGCGGCAAAAGAUUCAACAUCAAAUCCCACCUACAUGGACAUUACAGGAUCCACACAGGGGAGAAGCCAUUUGAGUGUGAAGACUGUGGGAAGAGCUUCCGGGUGAAGUCUUGUCUCAAUAAGCACCAGCAAGUCCAUACAGGAGAAAAGCCAUAUAAACGUCUCUCCUGAGAAGAAAAUCUGACCUAAUUAAACACAGUUCACUCACUCUGGGAAGAAAAAUUACCUAUGCUCUGAACUUGGGAAAAUAACUUUUGCAACAGAUAAAAUCUUAUUAAGCAUGAAAGAAUUCAUACAGGAGAAAAUCCUUGCCUAUGUUCCUUUUGGCUGAAAUAAGCAUCCAUAAAUCCAUACAGAAGACAGGUAUUGGGGGGGGGCAUCUGUGGGAUAAUUUUCAGGAAUGAUUAAUAGCAGUACACACAGAGACACAUUUACAUACAUCAUAUAUUUAGUUAUAUGGUUAUUUUUCAGUGAAUUCCCUAAGGAACUCAACUCUUGCAAAUGCUUUUAUGGAAUAAGAGGGAAGCAGUGUACAUUUGGAACUUAAAUAUUUUGCUCUUAGACCAUGGAAAUGUCUAAGUCCCCUGUUAUUUAAAAUGCCUUCUUUAGGGCUGGCCCAAAGGAAGUUAGUAAACAGCAGAUAUUCCAUAUGGAGAAGUUUAUCCCAGGCUGGCUGGCUUCGAUUUCCCUAUGAACCUAUUACCUUCUCCUAUUACCUUCCAGCUAGGUAGUUCUGCACCUCAUUGUAACCUGAAACUUAGUAAGAGUUAUUAAUAUUCUUUAAGAAAACAUCAAUUUGGACUAUUAGAAAACCUUUAGGUUAAUUACAUAUUUUGUUUCACACUCAUGCAUUGGUAUUUCAUUGAAGGUUGUCUGAAAACGACAUGAGGUGCUUCAGAAAAAUAUGUCCUCAAUCUGGUAACCAUAAGGCAGAAGCAUUUAAGACUUGUUUUUCUAACCUAGUGGGACUCAAAGGGGAUUGAUGAAAUGUGCACAGGUUGGAAAAAUCGAACAUUAGCAUAUAAGGUAUGUACCUUCCAUGUCAUGAUACUGCUUUCUUCAGAAAUAUCAUUUGAAAAAAAAAGUGCUUUUCUUCUUUGAGUUUCUUUCAUUUCUGUUCCAGUCCAUUUAUGCACCUAAUGACUGUAACACCCUGGUUUGCACAAUAUAAUUAACUAAGUCAUGAAGGGUUGUGUGUUAUGUGAACAGAAAAAAUAAGUUGAUUGACCCCAUUAAUUAAGACCCUAAGAGACUUCAUUUUCAAACCAAAUUGCCCUAGGUUUCUGGACAUAAAGUAGCCUGUGCAUAAGAGUGGCGCGCACACACGCACCCAAGCUGUAUUGCCUAAACAGCUGACCUGGAAGUUAAGUAAUAUCUCUGCCUUUCAUGGCAAAAUCUUAAAACUGAAAUGAACAUUCUAGGCAUUCCAUCUUUGUGGCAUUUGGCUUUCCAUAUGAGAGCCACAUAGAAGUUGUGAAAAGGAAGAGAACUUAGUGGAUAAAUGGUCCAAGCCCUUAAUGUUAUUCAUAGUGGAUAGGGGAUGGUUAUAUCAAGGCAGGAUCUCCCCUCCAUCAAAAUAGAAGCCCAGGAAGUCCUGGCUUCUCUGCCUUUUUUGGCAGCAAGUGAGAAGACUGUUAGUGUAAUUCCUAGACAGUUGGUGCGGCCCAGGGGUGAAAUCCAGCAGGUUCUGGAAAACCAGUAGCGGAAAUUUUGAG